GUCGCAAUGUAAAUGCUGCCACUGAAUCGCACCUUAAGAAGUGCAAGGAGGGCGCAUGCGUGGAAAUUUGACACAAUAUUCUGGACCCAGCCUCUUUCAGUUCGUACCUGGCUUCAUUGUUAAUAAGUACUCGUAUCAAGGCAUCCCCGAAGCGAUCAAUCAACAAAGUGUCCUAAGUUAAGAACCAUAAGUUACAUAUCGCAGGCGGCGAACGCCUGUUGCAUCACGUCGUCUCAACACAGAAACAUAUUCUCCGCGGUGAACAACUUCUUCGCUGAUUCACCGUUGGUGAAUCAGCUGAAAGGCAUCAUGACUCGACAAACGAGUAAUAUCGAACCAGGGCCGCCGGACGAAACUCGUCGAGACAGAGGAGCGACAGCGACUUUCUCGAUAAGCCAGUCGGAAAGUCAGUUAUCACAGCGGUCUGUAUCAUCGACGCAGACACAAAAACAGGUUAACUUCCUGAAGCCUAACAAUACUGCCAUGGACCGGAAAGCGUCAAUUGUUGAUGAGACGACAGGCAUCACACGCACACAGAUGAAAGAAUUCCGUGAAGCAUUUCGUUUAUUCGACAAGGACGGCGAUGGCACCAUCACAAAGGAAGAGCUCGGGCGAGUCAUGAGGAGCCUCGGCCAGUUCGCCAGGGUUGAGGAGUUGCAGGACAUGUUGCAAGAGGUCGAUAGUGACGGUGAUGGCAAUGUUAGCUUUGAAGAAUUUGUAAAUAUCCUGUCGAAGUCGAUGUCUGGAGCUGGUGGAGGGACAAGUUCGGCUGAACAGGAAGAGAGGGAACUUAGAGAUGCUUUCAGAGUAUUUGAUAAACAUAACAGAGGUUAUAUCUGCGCCUCCGAUCUAAGAGCGGUGCUACAGUGCCUCGGUGAAGAUCUAUCUGAGGAAGAAAUUGAGGACAUGAUAAAGGAAGUCGAUUCUGAUGGUGAUGGGCGUAUUGAUUUUCUGGAAUUUGUUAGAGCCCUUGGAGAACCGGAAGAUGCUUGUGAUGACGAAGAUGAUGACGAUCUCAACGAUGGAACAGAGAUGCACUUAACUCCACAAGUUGCUGCAAACUGAAUAUUAAAAACCUUAAAAAAUAUUGCUCUUCGAUAAAUGCUUAAAUUUUAACUACUUAUAUUAAUAUCGAUAACAGUUGUGACUUGGUUGUGAUAACAGCCCUAUAAUACCUGGUAGAAAAAAAAAGAAAGAAAAUGGCGGAAAUUAUUUGAGAACAAUUUCUGUCACGUCAUGAUUAUAAGGAAUUUCGGUUGUUACGAUAAAUAUAACAUGGUUCUUAAAUAAUGAAUUUUCAUAGUAUUGAUCUCGUAGAAUUUCAAUCUUAUAUCAACUAUUUAGAUGUUAAUAAAUGUUACAUUUUC